AUGAGGGUCUUGCCUCAUUUCGUGGCCUCCACCCAUCAUCCCGCGUGUGAUCCUCCUGACACCCCUCGCGUUCACCUCUCUGUUCCCCUACUCGUUCUCCUCUCGCAUCCCCGCGCAUGCUCCUCUCUCCUCACCUUGCGCGCUCCUCUCGCCACCCCUCGCGUGCUCCUAUCACCUCCCCUCGCCAUCUCCCCUCGGACAGGUGGGGUGCUCCUCUCUCCUCCCCUCGCCAUCUCCCCUCGGACAGGUGGGGUGCUCCUCUCUCCUCACCUCCCGUGCUCCCCUCUGACCCGGCAUGGUGCUCCUCUCCUCUCGCCUCCCGUGCUCCACUCUGGAAUGUGGAACGCUCCUCUCUCCUCACCUCCCGUGCUCCCCUCUGCCCCACCCCAUUCCGCACCACCCCUUCCCCACCCCAUUCCGCACCACCCCUUUCUUCCCCACCCCAUUCCGCACCACCCCUUUCUUCCCCACCCCAUUCCGCCCCACCCCUCUAUGCCCCACCCCAUUCCGCCCCACGCCAUUGCCCCACGCCAUUCUGCCCCGCUCCAUUCCGCCAUGCCAUCCGACUUCUCAUCCACCUUUCCUCGUUUCCCCAUCCUCUCUCCCAAUCCCAUCAUUCCCCAUGCCAACUAUCACCGUUUUACCAUACGGUCAUACCCCAAUCCGCCGGCUCCCCGUCACCUCCACCCCGUCACCUCUCUCCUCACCUUGUGUGCUCCUCUCUCCUCACCAGGUGUGCUCCUCUCUCCUCACCUUGCGAGCUCCUCUCGCCACCCCGCGCGUGUGCCUCUCUCCUCUGGCAGGUGGGGUGCUCCUCUCUCCUCACCUCCCGUGCUCCCCUCUGGCAGGUGGGGUGCUCCUCUCUCCUCACCUCCCGUGCUCGCCUCUGAGAGGUGGGCUGCUCCAGUCUCCUCACCUCCCGUGCUCCCCUCUGGCAGGUGGGAUGCUCCUCUCUCCUCACCUCCCGUGCUCCCCUCUGGGAGGUGGGGUGCUCCUCUCUCCUCACCUCCCGUGCUCGCCUCUGAGAGGUGGGCUGCUCCAGUCUCCUCACCUCCCGUGCUCCCCUCUGACAGUGCAGGUAGGGUGCUCCUCUCUCCUCACCUCCCGUGCUCCCCUCUGACAGUGCAGGGUGCUCCUCUCUCCUCACCUCCCGUGCUCGCCUCUGACAGGUGGGGUGCUCCUCUCUCCUCACCUCCCGUGCUCCCCUCUGACAGUGCAGGUGGGGUGCUCCUCUCUCCUCACCUCCCGUGCUCGCCUCUGACAGGUGGGCUGCUCCAGUCUCCUCACCUCCCGUGCUCCCCUCUGACAGUGCAGUGCAGGGUGCUCCUCUCUCCUCACUUCCCGUGCUCCCCUCUGACAGGGCAGGGUGCUCCUCUCUCCUCACCUCCCGUGCUCGCCUCUGACAGGUGGGCUGCUCCAGUCUCCUCACCUCCCGUGCUCCCCUCUGGCAGGUGGGGUGCUCCUCUCUCCUCACCUCCCGUGCUCGCCUCUGACAGGUGGGAUGCUCCUCUCUCCUCACCUCCCGUGCUCGCCUCUGAGAGGUGGGCUGCUCCAGUCUCCUCACCUCCCGUGCUCCCCUCUGACAGUGCAGGUAGGGUGCUCCUCUCUCCUCACCUCCCGUGCUCCCCUCUGACAGUGCAGGGUGCUCCUCUCUCCUCACCUCCCGUGCUCGCCUCUGACAGUGCAGGUGGGGUGCUCCUCUCUCCUCACCUCCCGUGCUCGCCUCUGACAGGUGGGCUGCUCCAGUCUCCUCACCUCCCGUGCUCCCCUCUGACAGUGCAGUGCAGGGUGCUCCUCUCUCCUCACUUCCCGUGCUCCCCUCUGACAGGGCAGGGUGCUCCUCUCUCCUCACCUCCCGUGCUCGCCUCUGACAGGUGGGCUGCUCCAGUCUCCUCACCUCCCGUGCUCCCCUCUGGCAGGUGGGGUGCUCCUCUCUCCUCACCUCCCGUGCUCCCCUCUGACAGUGCAGGUGGGGUGCUCCUCUCUCCUCACCUCCCGUGCUCCCCUCUGACAGGGCAGGGUGCUACUCUCUCCUCACCUCCCGUGGUCCACUGUGACAGGGCAUGGUGCUCCUCUCUCCUCACCUCCCAUGCCCCACUAUGA